UUAAUUGCUUUAUUUAUAUGAUGCCAUGGCAGGUAUUUUAUGGUGCUGUAAUAACUCUUUGAUAUUAAAUUACCAAAGCACCCUUGCAACUAACAUACCUACCCCUGGAAUUAUCUACCUCUGCAAAAAAAAAAAAAAAGAAGAAAAUAAGCACUUGGACCUUGUGUUACAAUCAAUAAAACCCUGUGGGUUGUCUUUAAUAAUGAAUUAAUUUUCCCCUUUUUUUUUUUAAGUGAGAAGCAAUUCUUUGAAUGGAAGGUAAAAUACCCAUUUUCAAUCAACUGAAAAGAAUAGGUGUAGUGUCUUAAUAUUUAGGUAAAACUGUUUCUUGUUUAUUACACUAUUUCCUUAUAUUUCACAGUUUUUGUGGUUCUUGUGUACUUGUAGUUGUUUAGUUAUUGAGACGGCUUGAGCGUUGAGAGAGAGAGAGAGAGGGAGAGGGAGAAGGCAAGAGAGAUCAGAAGAGAAAGAUCUUGAUUCUUGAAGCUACAAUCAGCAAGCCAUGGCAUCAAAACUGCUACUGAUUACAGUCUUUAUCUUUGAUCUCAUUGCCUUUGGUUUGGCUGUUGCAGCUGAGCAGAGAAGAAGCACUGCUGUAAUCAAACAAGAUGCUGAAGUAAAUUAUAAUUACUGUGUCUACGACUCAGACAUUGCAACCGGGUAUGGUGUUGGUGCAUUUUUGUUUCUCAUGCUUAGCCAAGUGAUUAUAAUGGUGGCAAGUCAAUGCUUCUGCUGUGGCAAGGCUUUGAAUCCUGGAGGUUCAAGGGCUUGGGCAGUUAUCCUCUUCAUUACCUGCUGGGUGUUUUUCUUCAUUGCUGAGGUAUGUCUGUUGGCGGGUUCAGUCAGAAAUGCUUAUCACACUAAAUAUAGGACUGUUUUCAGUGACAAUCCUCCCGACUGCCAAAUGUUGAGGAAGGGUGUUUUUGGGGCAGGAGCAGCUUUCAGUCUUUUCACUCUCAUUGUCUCCCAAUUCUAUUAUGUUUGCUAUUCAAAGGCCAGAGACGGCUUCCAGCCAUAUGGUAGAGAAACUGGUGUGCCAAUGGGAACCUACAAAUGAGCCUGUUUCUGCUGCUAUAAACAUGUAUAGUAGUGACUCCUUGCCGGACUCGAGUUGCAUUUCACAUAUUAAAGAUUCAAUUUAGUUUGUUGUAGCUUGCCCAUAUGUCGAAUCAUCUUCAUUAUUUGUUUUCUCCUUCCUUUUUCUUUCUUUUCCAUCAUGAUGUGAAAUUUUGUGUAAUUUCUAUACUAUCAAUAAUAGAUUGUUGCUUGUGUAUCAGCACAAACAUUUUGUUAA